GCUUCCCCUAAAUCCUAAUUUUGUCCCUCCAACUUUGGAAUGUGGCACCAGUACACGUGGCAAGAUUCUUGAGAACCGGGUGAUGCUCUCCUUUGUCUUUUUAGUUGUAGUUGAAAGUGAAAGGCAACUUCAUGCAUGGGCAACUAACACACACACACAUACACACACCAAAAAUAAUAGAAAAUAAUGAUAAAGAAAAACACUUCUUUCAGAUUUUAAUAAAAGAAAAACAAUCCUUUUUUUCGUUUAAACUUUCUUUUUUUGGGAAAGAGAGGGAAUUAGAAGUGUUUCCGUGUAGAAAGAAAAGAAUAGGAAAGAGAGAGAGGUGAAGUGUCAAUUCCCCCAGCAGAGGAUCUGGAGGGAAAAGAGUUUCCAGAAGGAGACAAGAUAUAGACUUUUUUUUCUUUCUUUUCUGUGUUUUUUACUCUUUUUUAAGCCCCUUGUUCCUGGGUUCUCUUUCUUUUUGCUUAAAUUUAAUUUUCCUUGGGACUUCUGUUGUUCCAUUGUAUCUGGGAUCAUGAGCAAUUUUAAGGGUUUAUCUUCUUGUUUGAGGCUUUGAGCUCUCUUGUUGAAGGAUGGAUGGAUUGAUUGAUUGAUUUCUCUAUUCUGCUUCAGAUAAGAACUGAAUUGAUAGUAUCUGUCAGAGGGUCUUGGCAUUUUUUAUUUCAGUUGGUAGUUUCCAUCAAAGGCUAGUCGAUGGCAGAAAUUUUUAUGCCAAUGCAUGAAAUUAGCCGUUGGAAGUGAUAGUUUCAGAGUCAAACUGCAAAUGGUGGUCUUACAACAGUUACUAAAGCUGGAAGAUGCUGAAAGGCCUGAUACAAAGGUCCUAUCAAAUGGAGAUAUAUAUAUUGGUGAGUUUAAGGGAGUACUUCCCCAUGGCAAAGGAAAAUAUAAAUGGACAGAUGGAACAGUGUAUGAGGGUGAUUGGGAUGAAGGUAAAAUGACAGGAAAAGGACAGAUAAUUUGGUCAUCAGGAGCAAAAUAUGAAGGUGAUUUCUCUGGUGGUCACCUUCAUGGGUUUGGCACCUUAAUAGGACCUGAUGGAUCCAACUAUAGAGGGGCCUGGAGGAUGAAUAUACAGCAUGGGCUUGGAAGGAAACAAUAUUCUAACUUAGAUACAUAUGAAGGUUCUUGGAAGGAGGGAGUACAUGAAGGUAGUGGUAGGUAUUGUUGGAAUAGUGGAAACACAUUUAUAGGGAACUGGAAAGGUGGAAAAGUGAGUGGAAGAGGGGUCAUGAAAUGGGCAAACGGUGAUGUUUAUGAUGGCUAUUGGUCAAAUGGAUUAAGAAAUGGUUCUGGAGUUUAUAUGUUUGCAGAUGGGGGAUGUUACUUUGGGACCUGGAGUAGGGGUCUAAAGGAUGGAAAAGGAACAUUCUACCCUGCUGGAACUAAGCUUCCAUCUUUAAGGAGGUGGGGUAGUUCUCUAGGUCAUGAUGAGAGUGGAAGAAGUUCGUUGUCUCAUAGCUCGUCAUUAAGUUCAGCGGAGGACAGGGCUUCAAGACCAAGUGUCAUGCGCAGUCUUUCUGACAAAAUGUCAAUUGGUGGAAUGUUGAGAAAUUCAGGUCGGAUAUCACACAGAACCAACUCAGUAGAUGAAAAAUGGGGUCCUUGUGACUCUUCCAGGGAGUCAAUAUAUGAAGAACCAUCAUGUGUGCUUUCCCAAGCCUCAAACAGUGCUCUAAGGGAAGGGCUGGCUAAAAGUACUAUAAUUUAUGAAAGAGAAUAUAUGCAAGGAGUUCUGGUCAAAGAGAGAAUCAGAAGUAAAGAACCAUCACACAAGAGUAAGCAGAAAAAUAAAUUUCAUGUCAAAGAAGCAAAAAAGAAGUCAUGCGUUGACAUUUUUGAGGGCCAUCAGAGCUAUUAUCUGAUGCUUAAUUUGCAACUUGGAAUCAGAUAUACUGUUGGUAAGAUCACACCAGUUCCUAGACGUGAAGUUCGUACCUCUGAUUUUGGAGAUCGGGCCAGAAUAAGGAUGUAUUUUCCUAGAAAGGGUUCCCAGUUUACACCGCCACACUACUCUAUUGAUUUCUAUUGGAAAGAUUAUUGCCCUAUGGUCUUCAGGAAUCUAAGGGAGAUGUUCAAGUUAGAUGCUGCAGAGUACAUGAUGUCCAUUUGUGGUGAUGAUGGUCUAAGGGAGCUUUCUUCUCCAGGAAAAAGUGGCAGUAUUUUCUAUCUUUCUCAUGAUGACAGAUUUGUGAUUAAAACCUUGAAGAAAUCAGAACUCAAGUUCUUUCUCAAGAUGCUACCAAACUAUUAUGAUCAUGUAGGAAAGCAUGAAAAUACUCUAAUAACAAAGUUCUUUGGGGUCCAUCGGAUAAAAUUAAGAGGUGGAAGAAAGGUACGCUUUGUGGUCAUGGGAAAUAUGUUUUGCACAGAAUUGAAAAUUCAUAGACGCUAUGAUCUGAAGGGGUCAACUCAAGGAAGAUUUACAGAUGCUGAUAAGAUUGAAGCAAACUCCACCUUAAAAGAUCUUGAUCUUAAAUAUGAUUUUCAAAUGGACAAAAUGUUGCGGGAUUCCCUCUUCAAACAACUUUCUGAAGACUGCUUGUUCCUUCAAUCUCAACAAAUAAUUGAUUAUAGCCUUCUCUUGGGAUUGCAUUUUAGAGCGCCUGAGCAGUUGAAGGCAAUAUUAGAAUCUGCUGGUACUAUGCCCGAUCAUGAGAACUUACCUUCUGGCGAUGGUAUAACUUCACAAGGAGAGCCCCUGAUUCCAACAGGCUUGCUCCUAGUCACCCAUGAACCCAGCUCUGUCAACACAGCACCAGGUCCUCACAUAAGGGGGAAUACGUUGAGAGCAUAUUCUGUUGGUGCAAAGGAAGUUGAUCUUUUACUACCUGGCACAGGAAGGUUGCGGGUGCAGCUAGGAGUCAACAUGCCAGCUCAAGCUAGUUGUAAACUGCGGCAGGAGGUUGAUUCCAUGGAGGUUGAACUUUUUGAGGUCUAUGAUGUCGUCCUCUACAUGGGAAUAAUUGAUAUAUUGCAGGAAUACAAUGUGAAAAAGAAAGUUGAGAAUAAAUGCAAGUCGAUGAAAUUUGACCCUGUAUCUAUUUCUGUCGUUGAACCCAAGUUGUAUGCUGAACGUUUCCUCAAGUUCUUGCAGCAGAAAGUUUUCCCUGAGCAACCAUGAAAAGGACAAAGCUUCACAUCUUUUCAUUGUUAAUUAGCUCACAAGUUCUUAUUUUCCUGUUUAUAUCCAAAGAACUGGAAAAACUGCUUUGAGUUCUGGUUUCUUGCAGCUACGAGAGCUAAUUGGGCUGUGUUUUGGAGAUUGAAAAGUGCUUUUGGGACCCGAAAAUAGCAACUUAUGACAUCUUGGUGAAAGCCUCAUAUAAUUUUUUUCGUUUUAUUUGCAUACUUGGACACUUUAGAUAAUUUAAUCAUUUUAACAUUUUAA